AUGUUAUAUGUUGAAUUUCCGCUGCGUGUAAUCAUAACUAUUGAAGGAUUUAUUGGAGCUAUAUUAAAUUCUUUAUCAUUAUUUGUUGUGUUUAAAACACGUUUUGGUUCAAAGUCAACAACACUAAUGUUAAGAUUGCAACCCAUAUUCGAUAUGUCUGCGUGCUUUUUAUACGCAAUGUAUACAGCGACAGAGAAUGGUAGACCGACGAAAAUUUUAUUCUUAGAUAAAAUAUUAUGUUAUUUAUGGUCAAAUAAUAUUGCAUUUUGGUUAGGUGUUGUUUUAAGUGUACACAAUAUUGUAUGUAUUUCAGUUGAUCGUUUUAUUGCUGUAUUAUUUCCUAUUGUAUAUAAACAGCACCAGCUAUUGAUAAUUAUAAUGUUUGCUAUUUAUGAAUUCUGUAUGACAGGAUUAUUAUUUGUACCGAUAAUAUUUUUCCGACUUUUUAUUAAUGGUACAUGUACAUAUGUGACUGGACCAGAUGGAAUAGAUUCAAAUGUAUACAUUGCAUUUCGAGGAUAUACAUGGUUAAUAUUUCAAUAUAUUCUUCCAUUAAUUACUGUGACCAUGUGUCAUGCAGUAAUUGUCAUACAAAUGAAAAAGCGACAACGUCGAUCUAUAAAAUCUUCAUCAGUGAUUGAAAUUUCACAUACUGAUGGUAUGCAACAACGUGUAGACCAUGCAUCGAAUGAGAAUAAGAGGUUAGUUGGUUUAGUAGUGAUCACUGCACUGAUGUCAAGUCAACAGGCUAUACUGCAUUCAUACGAGAAUAUACGUUAUUUCUUGACAAUGUUAAACAUUGUCAUAUUUAGUUAUGGUACAGUUGGUCAACAAAUGGGACCAUUUCUGAUUCUAUUAAGUAGUUGUAUAAAUCCAUGUAUAAUUAUUGGAACAACAGUAUCAUUGCGUAGACAAUUUUCAAGUUAUGUACACAAAAUAUGGACCGUAAUCAGUAGAAAAUGA